AUGUCCCAACACCAGGGUGGAGAAGGGAGUAUCAAGCAGGAUCUAAGUGGAUCACCUAGGUCAGUGCUGGUGAACCUAUCGCAUGUGUACCACAGUGCAGUAGAAAGAUGCUCGUGCUCCGUGCCCCUUCACAGGCCUACCAGGUAUCUCUACUUCAGACCGUUGCCGUCUCCCGGGCUUUCUGCCUCUAGCUCCCCGCCCAUCUGCUCCAGCCGUGUGCCGCUGCUCACAGGGCUCCGACUCCUGCUCAUUCGGCCGCAGACCGUUGCUAAAUCAUGCUGCAGAGAGCGCAGAACAGUGUCCUCUAAGCUGGGUGCACUUCCUCCGGAGUCGUCUCCUCGGGCGUCCAGCGCGGAGCGGAAGCAGUCCGGGCCUCACUCGGCAAACCGGGGCGCGCAGCCGGGCCUCCUCUUCACUGAAGUCGGUUAUUCGUCCGCUCAACCGGUGUUAGGAGCACAGCGCGGCAGGCUGCGCGGGCCGUGCCGACAGCGUUCACGAGCAGAGCGGCUGGACUCCGUCCGAGACGCCUGGAGUCCGAGGGGGACGAUGAGCUCGGCUGGACUGCACGCGGCCGUGCGCGGAGAGGGAGCGACUGCGGACGGCUCCGCCGGGAAAGGCCUUCACCCGAGGCCUGAAGGAUGCGCGGGAGGCACAAAGUGUGCGGGCCGCGACGCUGACCGCCGCUCCGCAGAAAGUCCCCGGCGUCCCGGCGUCCGGGCCUGGACUCGAACCUGCGGAGAGCGCCCUGAGGCCGGAGCCUCCGUUUCUGCGUCGCUAGUCCGCGCCUGCCAGCCCGCCUACAGGGCGCUCGGCGCGACGACUGGGACCGGAGGACGGAAGGGACAGACUCUACUUGCGAAAUUUAUCACCGAGAGAGACACACUGCCACCUUCCCCGGAAACAGCCGCGCGGCCUGGAACACCCCGCCGUCCCCCGCGCGGCCCCGAGUCCUCUCUGGAAAGCGCGCCGCGGCGGCCGUCCGCGCGGCCUGGGGCCGGGCACGGACGCCAGCCCACCGCGUGCAGUAAACUCCUACGUGGCCCUUGAGUGCCCCUAGCAGCUCUGCAGCUCUCAGGGUGUCCCCGCGAGAGACUUCCCACGAAACGUUCAGAAAAGCCCGCUGAGCCGCGCGGUCAUUAGUCACCCAGAGUAAAGAAGCAUUGGCAUGAACCCCUGCUAGACUAUUUUCUGCUCCAAAAUGUUGGAAACUCUUCCUCUCCAGGAAAAUACUGCACAAGAGGCACCGUGAAUUCAUGGAGCUGGUUUUGAGGAAAGCUGUUACUCUCUGCAGUGAACCAUCCUGUGCUGACAUCCGGCCAGGUUGAAGCCAUGAAGACAGCAGGCCGGCCUGAAUGCACAAGCCAAUUCACAUCCAUCAAGCGGCCCAGAGCUCAGUAUACUUACUGUGGAAGAAUGGAGGAUAAUGAAAAAUCCUACCACGACCUGAAAUCGUGACUCACGAGGGUUGCCCUGUGGUCAGGCCUAUGGGUAAACCAUUCCAUCAUCCUUAUGUUCCACUUGUCAAACACUUGCAGAUUCCGUUCUGGGCUUUGGACCUGUAAUAAUGGCCCUCAUUGUCCCCCGAA